AUGCAUCGUCGAGAGCGGCAAUUGAAGCAAAUGCUAACGCAACUGCGAAUCGAUGCGCGAUCGCUGGUGAUGCCGUGGGAUCAUGUGGUGUGUCAUUUGGGCGAGGACCCGCCGAAUGCUCCGCCGAGAGAAUCAGUGGAUUUACCGAUCAGCUAUGUGGAAGCGAUGAACGAUCUGAUCAAGAAGAACAGCGGCGAGGCAGCCAUUUGCUUGCUGAAUCUGCCGACUCCACCGAAUGAUGUUUCCUUAAGUGAUCGUUAUUUAAACGUUGUGCAGUGCUUAACGGAUGGUUUGCCGCCGACACUGCUUGUGCACGGUAUAUCGUCGGUGAUAUCGACGGCAUUGUGA